GAACUGCUCCCAGUCCUUCCACUUGCUUUGAACACCAUGCAGCUGAGAGGAACCUCCCUCGUGCUCUUGGUUCUGUAUCUCCUGCAGACGACCCAUGAGCAGUCACCCAAUACCAAGCCAAGGAAGAAUGCGGCCCUAAAGAAAGCGGUGGUGACACUAAAUAUGAUUGAUGACAUCAAGAAGCAGAUUGCUCACAUCUUGGAGGAGGUGAGCCUACUGAAGGAGAACCAGGCACUGCACACAGUGUGCCUGAGAGGUAUGAAAGUUUACAAGAAGUGCUUCCUGCUGAUGGCUGGACAGAAGAGCUUCCACGAGGCGGCUGACGACUGCAUCUUGCAUGGGGGCACUCUCAGCACGCCCCACAACCACGACGAGAAUGACGCUCUGUACGACUACGCCAGGACGACCUUGGGAGAGGACCACAACAUCUGGGUCGGCGUGACCGACAUCGCGGUUGAGGGAGUAUGGAUGGACGUAACCAGCAAGAGCGCCAACUACACCAACUGGGAGAUGGAAAUCACCAAGCAGCCCGAUGGUGGUACAAAGGCCAACUGUGUGGCGCUGUCGGGUCUGUCCAUUGGCAAGUGGUUUGACGAGUCCUGUAGGCUUCAGAAGAAUUACUUUUGUCAAUUUAAUAUUCCUUAAGCAUUUUGGUGUUUCUCCUCAAGUAUAGCCUGACUGGUUUAGUUAUGCUACUGAUGCUUAAUGAGUUACUGUUUCAGAGAAGAUAUCUUGUGAGUGGUGCAGAUUAUCAUUGACUUUCAACUCCCUCAGGUUGUAUCUAUUCUGGAUCUUCCAUCAGGAUUUUUGGAGAAGAUAGAGAAGAGUAGGGAGCUUGAUCCUGUGAUGCCAUCUGUGCCAAUCACGCACGCAGCUACCGCUGGAUGCAGCCCGAUGGAACCCCCACCCCUGUCCCUUGUGUUUCCCUGGGGAAGGGGGUCCACCUGGUGCCUCAGUGUGUAGUGUGGUGGAGAUCAGGAUCUGAGCUGAGUAGGGGGCGGGUGUGGGGUGGGGAGGGUGGGGGUGGGGCCUCCCUUGAAUGGCCCUCCCACCUCUCAAUGCCAGUGCACUUUGAUGCUCCAGCACACAUACAGUCCUCAAUGCUGCCCUCGGUGUGGAAUGUUUGUAAACUCAGGAGUUCACGGCUUGCUUGGCUUUGAGGCUAGUCCAGUUUCCUUGCAGUGCACGGUUGUAAACACACUAUGCAUGCUACUGUUCUGUCCAGAAAUAAAAUCCAUUCAUACAAAAA